CACUGAUGAGCACUGAAAGGCAGCACUGAUACAUGACACUGAUAUAUGCACUGAUAGGCGGCACUGACUGGCACUGUUAGGUGGCACUGAUAGGCGGCACUGAUGGGUGACAUUAAAAGGCAGCUCAGAUGGGCACUGAUAUGUGGCAUUGAUGUGCACUGGUAUGCACCAAUAUGUGGCACUGAUAUGUGGCAUUGAUGGGCACUGGCACGUGGCACUGAUGGGCACUGACAGGUGGCACUUCUGGGGGUACACUGAUCAUCAGUGCCCUGACGAUCACUGUCAGCGUGGACAGAAAUGCCGAUAACCGGCAUUUCCGUGUUUACAUGUGAUCAGCUGUGAUUGGA